AUGCUACAAGAAGAUUCAAGUGAUGACAAAUUACCCAUGACUGGACGAUUGACACCCAUAGGUGGGGCUUCAUCAGAUACAGAAUACGGCAAAAGUGCCAACGAAGAAUUUUAUGAAAAAGUCGAAUUACUUGAAGAACACGAACGAUUAAACGCAUCACUUUCUGCAUUAACUCGCCAUUUUGCUCAUGUACAGUUGCGCCUUCAACAAGUUGUUUCUGCACCAACAGCUGAAGAUCGUGAAAAUUUACUUAUAGAACUACAUGAAUUUGCAUCAAGUGGCAUACCUGAUGUUAUGUGUCGAUCAUCGAUGUAUACAAAUGAUCGUACGAACGAAGAAUUAAUUGAAAAUGAAAAAUUACGUGAAAAAGAAUUUAUUAGCGAAUUAAAACAAAAACUCGACGAAUUAGAACGUUAUGCAGCUGCGUCUGGUUCAUUAGAAGGUGUACCGACAUCUGUAACAAUGGAAAAACAACGUGUACUAAUUGAUCAAUUGCGUACAAAACUUGAUUUACAAUUAGAUGAUGCUUCGGUUUCAAAACUUUCAGCCGAAGAAUUAAGAAAACUUGUCGAUCAAGCUAUUCAUCAGUUAACUAAUCCAGUAAAACUAAAAGAAAAUUUAAUAACACAAAUGCGAACUCAAAUAAACGAUCUAGAAAAAUUUAUCGAAUUUCUUAAAGCUGAUUCAGCUGCAGCCGCUGCUACUUCAUUACCUCCUACAUUAAACGAUAAGAAAAGUAGCGAAUCAUCAAAAUCUACACCUACGAAAUCAAACCCGACAACUACAGCAAGUCCAUUGAAAAUGCGUCAACCAACAAGUAAAUUAUCUUCUGACAGUCAAGCAAAUUUUUCUCAAACGAUGAAAAAAGUUCUUAUACUUACUCAACUAUAUACAUUCUUAUUGUUAACAUGUGGCACACGGUCUAUGCAAAAAAAAGCAAACCAACCGGCACCGACUAUGAAAAAAGAUGUUGUAGCUAAAAAACAUUAUGGUGAUCUUCUGGCAAAGCUCGAAGUCGCCAUUGAAAAAGUUAUUAAUGUCGUACGAUCAGCAAAUGCAUAUGCAAGACAUAGUCAUACUUAUUUGAAUAAUGACAAUGAUGAUAAUUCAUCAUCAAUUACAACAAGCGAUAAUGAAGAAGAAGAUUAUGACCAAAAUAUAGUUGUUCUAGCUGUUCGACAAGAUCUUAUACCAGCCCUACGUGAAUUAAUUGAACAUGGUCUUUAUGAAACGAAUUAUUCAACAAGUUUAGCCGUUUGGGGUUGUUUUUCUACGAGAGCUAAUUAUGCAACUGCGAAUGAUACAAUGCAUGCUUGGAAAUUAUUCUUGAAAUAUUACGAAAUGAAACAUGGGAAUGAAUUUGCUAAUAGUCCAGCUCGUAAACUUUCCGAGUCGUUUUCUUUAGAUGUUAUUGGUGGCAAGCCGAUUACCUUAAAACAGUGUCUACUAAGUGGUAUCGAUAAUAUAGUUAAAUUACAUGAGAAGCAUAAUAAAUCAAUGGACAGCUGUUUUAAAUCAUUUGUAUGUUUUGCGUUAAAUGAGAAGAAGCUUGUUUCAUUUCUACGUAUUAUUCUCAAGACGAUGCCAUUAGUAGAGAAUUAUUAUCAACCUUGGAGUUAUACGAAAAAAACAGGUUUUAAUGAUGCACUGCAUUCGUUGGAUCGUUUGAAAUCAAUUGAUUUUCGUUUACCAAUAAAUAUAUCUGUUCGUCGCUUUAUGAAUAAUAAAGAUCUAAUUGAAUAA